UGGAGAAGGGUUCACUAGAGUUCAUUCACCUUGGUGUGGCAGUGCGAGAGAGACUGUAAUGUUUACGCUCAGCGAGGGAACAGUCUGACUAAGAGGACUACAAACUAUUUCACAUAAGAGCCUGUUUGUGAGCAGUUGCACAAGUCCAGACAUUCGAGGUUGUUGUUCUUUGGACACUUUCUUAACAUGAAUGUGUCUGGUAUGGUAUUACUGGGAAGAAACUGUAAGCAUCUUGGUGGUGGGUUGGUGAAGGAGCAUGGGGACGGUACAACAACAGGAUCAUUUUCAACCACAGUCUUUGCGAGUAGAGGAGAUGUUCCGAAAAGCUGGAGAAGGAAAAGGAAUUCCAGGAAAAAACUGCCCGUAUUCGGAAAGGGGGCACCCACGAGGGGCGUCAUCAUAAAUCUAAAUGCCACUUCAGGGGGGAGGGAGGUGUGACCGUCCUGCAGCAGAGACCACACUUCUACAUCUCGCCCCCUCCUCUUGACUUUCCUGCUUUUCUGAUUGGUUCAAGUCUAGCCUUGUAGACUCCCCCCUUCUCUUCGGCACACAAACAUUCUCCGAGUGUCUCCUCCCAUCCUGCACUGUUGUUUUCAAGGAAACCUGCAAGAUUUCUAAGCAAAGCUGUUGUUUUGGCUGCUUUUCUUGGUUCAUUUGAGUGCAGAACUCCAGUCCUGUUUCUCAACCUGCAGAAAUACUGCUUGGCCUUGCCUCUUUUCAAGGAAUCGUACUUUGAGUUCAGAACAUUUUUGAAGAGGGAUUUAUUAUCUACUCCCAAUAAGUUUUUUUUUCUUCCCUCCUUUGACACAUGGUUGAAGCCAUCACUUUGUAAAACUGUGCAGGACAUUCCUACUGUAAGUUUAUUCGUAGAGGAUUGCAAAGGAUCGUUGAUAAGUGGGAAGCCAGCGUGUUUUCUUUUUGAAAUUUGAUGGGCCAAGAUGCCGCAAAUCAAGGAAACGGCAAGUGAAGGAAACAUUCCCAUGUGGAGAGUAGGAUCUUCUGGAUGCGCCAAUGAAAUGUGAUCAGUUCUGCUUCUACAGGCUUUUUGCAUACUGCUUCUAACCUUUCUUGUUGCCUGCAGAAAUCUUACCUCUUAAUUUGGGGAAAGGUGAAGAGGUGAGAAGUAUUUUUGAUAUGUUGUAAAGGCUUUGAAACGAUAAGUCUUGUCACUUUAAAAGAAGUUCUGGUGAAAGUUCAGUGUGGAUUAAUCUACAGGAUUUCAACCUUCCUGGGUUGUGUUGCGGUUUCCUGAGGCAGGCUAGAGAACCGCUACUCCUGAACUUGAUGUGCAGGCUGGGUGAUGACGGAAGGCAUGUAACCAGACGGCUGAGGAGGUUACUCUGAGCUACGCUGUACUCCAGAGCUUGGGCUUAGUCUCAACACACCAACUAGGAAAAACUGUCCUCCAGGAAGAUAAAUCUUUGGCCUCUCUAAAGGAGCUGCCAUCAAAUCAGCUGGGUUAACAGCUGUGGUGGACGACUCGUGUGAACUUUCUUUAUUUGAACUGACAGAAAAUGGUCAGCAUGGAGAGCGAGAUGGACUCGUGGUGUGACUGGGAGACGGUUCAGCACCCUGAAGGACCUCAGUAUUGUUGGACUCAGUGGGAAUGGGAGUUUGAGAGAGUUCCAGCAGUAAGUGAUCAGCGAGAAAACAAAAAGGUGUUAAGCCCCACGUAUAAGCAACGCAAUGAGGACUUCAGGAAACUCUUCAAGCAGCUACCUGACACCGAACGCCUCAUUGUGGACUACUCAUGUGCCCUGCAGAGAGACAUCCUCCUACAGGGUCGCCUCUACCUCUCCGAAAACUGGAUUUGCUUCUACAGCAACAUCUUCCGCUGGGAAACACUGCUAAUGGUGCGCCUGAAGGACAUCUGUUCCAUGACUAAAGAGAAGACGGCACGUCUCAUCCCCAAUGCCAUCCAGCUCUGUACCGACAACGAGAAGCACUUUUUUACCUCAUUUGGUGCACGGGACCGGACUUACAUGAUGAUGUUCCGUCUCUGGCAGAACGCCCUCCUGGACAAGCCGUUGUGUCCCAAAGAGCUGUGGCACUUUGUCCAUCAGUGCUACGGGAACGAGCUGGGCUUGACGAGUGAUGACGAGGAUUACGUGCCCCCGGAUGAUGACUUUAACACCAUGGGCUGUUGCCCCCCUCCCUGGUGCAGGUACUGUGAGGAGAUUCCACCCGAGGAGAACGAGGCCCAGGACACAUGCACCAAAACCCCAGAAGUCAAAAUGGACACGAGUCCGCAGUUGCCCAAGAAAUCCUUCACCAGCAAUAAUCUCCCUUCAACGGGCAGCGGUGAAACACCUUGCCAUUAUGAUGUUCCACCAGAGGAAGAGUUUUCUGGCUGUCUUCCUGAAGAUCUCCUAAAUCUGCCUUUACCAGAUAGCAAGCUGCCCAUGCCCAGUGGCCCUGCACCCUCACCGUCGCUUGACUUCAACGAUAAUGAUCUUCCAACCGAUCUUCCGACUGAGCUCAGCGACUCAUCGGAUACUCACGACGAUGGAGAAGUCCAGGCCUUCUACGACGAUCUAAACGGGAAGCAGUACAUCAACGAGGUGUACAAGUUCAGCGUGGACAAGCUGUACGACCUCCUCUUCACCGAGUCACAGUUCAUGAGGGACUUCCUGCAGCUCCGCCGCUUCUCUGGCGUGGUGUAUCAUCCAUGGAAGAAGGAAGAGAUGGGAGACCAGAGCAGAGAGAUCAUGUACACCAUCUCCAUCACCAACCCCCUGGCUCCAAAAACCGCUACAGUCACUGAGACUCAGACUCUGUACAAAGCCAGCCAGGAGAGCGAGUGUUACAUUGUUGAUGCUGAAGUGAUCACUCAUGAUGUUCCUUAUCACGACUACUUCUACACGCUCAACCGCUACAUGCUGACCAGGGUGGCUAAGAACAAGUGCAGACUGAGGGUUUCCACCGAGCUGCGCUACAGAAAACAGCCUUGGGGUCUUGUCAAGGGCUUUAUAGAGAGAAACUUCUGGAGUGGCCUUGAUGAAUAUUUUAGACAUUUAGAGCUGGAGCUGAGUAAAGCGGAGGUCACGCUAAACGAACCCCACAGACCUUCUCCCAAAGCCAAAGCGACACGCUCAUCCACAGUGAGGCGACACCGGAAACGGGCGACGGCUCACCUGAGGCCGCAGCACCCGGACGAGGAGCUGAGCGCCGUCACCACGGCCGACGACAACGAGGUCAUCCAACGCAUUAAACACGUGCCAGGAUCCACACAGACGCGGCACUUCCCCGACCCGGCGGCCGGAGGCCUGGCGCUGUACAGCGUCUCCAAACUCCUGCUCAUCUUCAGCGUCGUUCUGGUGCUGCUGGUUUUCCUCAACAUGAUACUGUUCUAUAAGCUGUGGACGCUGGAGCAGACCACGCAGAGCUUAGCGUCGCUGCAGGGCCUCCGAGCUCGCGACAGUAAACUUCCCCAAACGCAGAUGGAGUGGGCCCAGCUUCUGGAGUCGCAGCAGCGUUACCAUGACGACGAGCUGGAGAAGUGGCAGGAGAUAAUCAAGUCGUCUGUGGUUUUGUUAGACGAGAUGAGAAGAUCUUUACUGAACCUACAGAAGGGAAUCCGCGUGAAAGACGACGACUCCGCGGCCCAGGACAAACGGAAUCGAUACCACUGACGGACCUCGGGCCGACCGGACACGCGGUGCAAUAAGGACGGCGCGGAGGAACUUCAGAAGCCGUCUCGCUCCUCUCCUCUUCUCUCCUCUCCUCUCCUGUCCAGCGCAGCUCGUUUGCAAAAAUGAACCGUUUGACCCCGAUCAUCCUGAUCUCCAGGGCCAAAGACGACUCCCGAGUCGUUCGUUCGUUCGUUCGUUCGUUCGUUCGUUCAUUCAUUCAUUCAUUCAUUCAAGGACUCGUUUGAGGGUUAAACGCACACGCAGCCACAUCUCAGCUGCACCACCACCACAACUCUCGUUUUCUUUCCUUGUCUUUUUUUUUUUUUCUGUUUAGUUUCGUGUCGUUUUGAAUUUAAAAAAAAAAAAAAAAAAAAAAAAAAAAAAAACGUUUAGGAGUCCGGGACCAGGUUAACCUUUGACCUAUUAUCUCUAAGCGUUACUUGCGAAUGUGCACAGAUAGGAGAAUGUAGAGCGCAUAUUACGAACACACACGGAUUUCUAAUUUAUAAGUAGAGCUAUAUUUGUUGCCAGAGCUACCUUUUUACCGAGGCUUCCAUGAUGGGGGGAAAAAAGAUAAAAUCGGGGCUGGACCCCGGAGAGCUUGUGCCAUGGUGCUAAUUAUGCAGAAAUGUCCAUGUUACAGUUCCAGAUUAUUAUUUAUUUUUUUUUUUAAAGUUCUGUCUGUGUGUAGCGUAGCUCGUUUCUCUUCUCGGAACAUUGUGUUGCCUGUAAAAGUGAAAGGCCAAUCGUAUCGUCGUUAGUGGAAAACAGGAAGCGCGAUCAUUUUCCUCAGACGCCGUUACCGUAUUUCAUUUUGCACAAAGCCAAAACUGCAUCACUCGUCAUCUAUUGCUGUUCAUUUUUUUUUUUUUUUUUUUUUUUUUUUUUUUUUUUUUAAACACCGGACUGUUGCCAACUUUAUUUACACUCAACGUUCAUUCCACAUUUUUGCGUCACAGGAUCGGUCGUUCCUGAAAAUGUUGUUUUUAAAGCUGUUUGUGUGGAGAUAUUUCUUGCGUUUUAUCGUAGCUUAGGAAAAUAAAUAAAUAAAUAAAUAAAUAAAUAAAUAAAUAAAUAAACAAACGAACGGUAUUUUAUUUACCAAGAAAGCAGCUAGCUAUCUGCCUCACGGUUCACUUCUAGGCAGCGCUUCGAUAUCUCUGAAGGUAGCGAUAAGAAAACGGUUUUAAAUCAUCCUCGGAAGGCAGCGAAACGUCGCCAUGUUGCUAGGUUACCGCCGUACGCGUAACGAUGACUAAUCCCGAACUCCAUUACCUAAUCCAUUGAUCAGAGUAUACCGUCGUGCGGAAAAUACAACCGGGGAGCGAAUAUUCAGGACUUACGCCAGCGAUUUCCGACUGGAAAUACUUCUCGAAUCUGAUCGAUCAGAAGGCGAUUCAUUCUCUAUACCAGCAGCUAGGAGAGUUCGUAACGCGUUAUCGUUUCCAUAGUAACAGCUCGUUCAAAGGGACGGUCAGGGAUGGAAAAUAAACCCACGUGCGAUGAUCGUCUCGGAUGGCGAACUAUUCCGCGAGGACACGUUUACAAUACGCGACGUUUUACGGAAGGAGUCUCCGGUGUUCAAAAACUUCCAAGUGUAAAGCCGUAACGUCACGUUUUCGGACGUCUUCAGGACCGAGGAGUUUACGUUUUGGGGGUUUCUCGGUCACAUGACGAGCUGCUUUUUUUUUUUUUUCCCCCCCUCGAUUCAAUCCAAGAAGAAGAAGAAGAAGAAGAAAAAAAAAAAAGAGGCUGCUAUAAUGAAACAGGAAAUGGUUAUCAUUCGUAGACGUUGAUAAAUGGAGUAUCGGCACAUUAAUGGCGCAGAGCAACGACCGAGAUCGUUUCGUUUCCAUACUGCCUGCUAGAGCCGUGGAAGUAAAAGGAGUAAACUGUGUGGAAAAAACAAACAAACAAACAAUGCUAGGUAGAACCGGAGAGUGAACGUUCCGGAGAGCAGAAAGUCACGGCCAAGCCGUCUGUUCGAGCCACGCCUGGCGUUUUUAUUUACUUAUUUAUUUAUUUAUCGAACGAUUCCUUUUAUCCAAAGCCCUACAGCUGAGCCGUGUAGCGGUAAAAGCGUCGCUUUCUGGCAGCGCAGGGAUUUGAACCUACAACCUCUUGAUGACAACUUGAACCUGAGCCUUUUUAUACAAGCUGUGAAGAUAUCUCCAGAUCCUCAGAUCCGGUCUGACCAAUACGGACAAAUCUCAUUUCUAACACGCAGCUUGUCGGAGCGAACGGGCGAGCCGUUUAAUUAACAAUAACCAGAGUACGAACAGGAGUCGAGUUUCUUUAGUUCUUUUUUUUUUUUUUUUUUUUUGGUGGAGAGACAAUUCAGAGCUUCAUUAAUGCUACUGUGAUGUCCAUGUCUUUUAGAACCGGAGUCGCAUGUUUAUCAUGGAAAAGUUUGGGGACUACAUUUAUUUAUUUAGUUGAUUUCUUUAAAUCAUACAAAGUUUCCACAAGAAAUAAUUGGAAUUACAGCUUCGGCGUUCAACCUCGCACCCUAGAGCCAUCUUUUCACUGUUUUAUAUCUACAGAUCCUCGUGAAGUGCUGCUCUUUAACUCCUCCGUCAAUCCCUGGUAAAUAAUUGGAGCAGCUCAAUAAGGAUCCAACCAUAGUGAACUCAUCGAGGGUGCGCGUUUGCGUUACUUUAUCAGGUCUUUGAAUAGUCAUGGCCGUGACUGUUAUGGUCCAGUUAUUGAUAGAGGAUUACAAUUUAAUAUCUCGCAACACGCCUCUGCGCAAAAUCGACAAAAAAAAAAAAAAAAAAAAAAGUAUAAAUAAAA